AUGUCGUUUCCGCAAAAAUCAGUGGUCCAUCAUCGGAUUGUGGUGCAUCGGGGAGAGCGACCAUCGAGAGUGAUGAUGUCACUUUCUCAAUUGUUUUAUCAGGUCGAAAAAUCGGAUCCAAACCAAGUCGACGAGUUACCGAAAGAUCACGAGAAUCGAGCCUCAAUCGAUUUCACGGCUUUACUCCGUUCGAAAACUUUCCUCACACCGACACCCGAAGUCUUUCAUUCAUUGCUUCGCAUUUUCGAUUGGGCUGUUACAAGGGCUUUCGAAGAGCAUCGAGAUUUGCAAUAUGAAGAUCAGCGAUGGUUGAGUGAAAGAGCGGUCGCGUUUGGGAUUCUAUCAUUGCGAAUGAUUAGAUUUUACCUUCGAAUGCUUUACUCGACAAAUUCGGGAAAUGGAGAAGAAACAUCGACAGAAUUUGCCGAAUGUGUCGUCAAGAUUUCCACCGUUUUCAACACACUUUUCGACUUGGCCACAAAGAGAAUCAAUGAACCGAAUCCAUGCCUAAUCUGUUUAUUGGAUGAAUCGGUGUCCGUUUUUGUUUCGAUCGCUCAUUGUCUUCUUCCCUCAAAAGCUCUCACUUUGAGUCGACUUGCGGCUUGUGUUGGAAAUCCGGCAAGAGAUUGGGCUUUAGCUUCCACUUUAUUGAGUCUCAACAAUUACAAAUCGAUUCUCACUUUGUUAUCCCCAGCGACAAACGAAUCCGAGCCCAGCUCGUUUCCAAUAUUGGCUGAGAAAAUGAAUGCUACACCUUUCGGCGUUCGAAAUCUUGAGAAAAUCCAUCAAAUCACCUCGUUUUCAAAUAUUCUCAAGUUUUUCUUUGAUGUCGCUUUUGGGUCAACGAUUCCGGUGAUGAAUCUCUCGAUGUAUAAGGUGCCCGUGUUGGCACAAGAUUUAAUCGUGCGAAUCGCUAAGGAAUUGGUUGUGCCUGAUGUGUCGGGAUUAAUGUCACCAACGCUGAUGCAAACACCGUCAAGAUUUCGUCGUCGAUCCGCUCACCCGAAUUGGGAUCUCUCUUCAGGAGCCCCAGAUGCAAUAUGUUUUCGAACUGAUAUCAUUGGAGUGACUCUGGAUGGAGUUGGGAUAUACACAGGGAAUUCCGCUGAAAUGACAGCCACUGUUGAGGUUCUUCUUCAUCAAGUUUCCUCACAAGAAAUGGAAUGGAAUCGCCUCGAAAUGACCACAAUAAUCAUCCCGCCGACAGAAGAGGGAAAAGAGAAUAUCAUUUGCAAAUUUUCGAAACCCGUUCGCUUGCAACCAGGCACUGUUUACGCCAUAAAAGUCUCCACACAAGGCGGAACAAAAACUUUUGGUGGUGAAGGAGGCAUGAAUUUUGUGCGUCUUUCAAAUGGCGCUCGAUUAGUGUUCAACAAUUGCACGUUGAGUGAGAAUGGGACGUCGUUGACAAGAGGACAGAUUCCUUUUCUUCUUUAUUCGCUAAACGAUCCACAAAAACAGCCGACAACAACAGCAAAAAACGAUCCGGAACAGUUGAGUCGAUGGUUUGUGGCGUUGAUGAGACUGUUAUCAACGAAGAUCAGUGAAUGUCUCGCGAUAGGAGAUGUCUCAUCGGCAGCUCGAAAUCUCAUCGGAAAACUCUCGGGUCUCAUUAUGGUUUUUCUUCAAUCAAAUCCACAAAAAGCACUUGAAGUAGUCUCAACAAUCGAUCAAUUGUUGCCGAUGAUCUCUAGUGUGAACGCGGCUUCAAAAGUCAACUCUCCAGUCAGUCCCGUUCUUUCAAGUUAUUCUGAAGAAAUCCGAAAAACAAAGCAAACGAUCGUCGAAUCUCCACAUCCAUACAAGCCGAAUUUCGUCCAGUCGAUCACGAUAACCCUAGAGAAAGAGAUCACAUUGAUGUGCUUGAUGUUCUCCGAGGAAUGCCAAACUGCACAAGCGGACGACGUUCUCACUGUGUACAUUUGUGUCGAUCGGGAAUGCUAUGUACCGAUUGGAAGAUUUUGUGGUUCUCGUGGCUGGCCGAAUCGUCCACUUCUUUUACCCGGGAAUACCCUGUGGUUUGUCUUGGAGAGUGGCGCGAGAGUUGAUGGAAAUACGGAAGAACAGAUGUACGGUUUCCGUUGCACGAUCACCGGCUAUCCAUCAAUCGACGAGCCAUCAAAUCUCCAAAUCGAACAGGAAUUGGCGUGGAUUUCGGCGAAUGUUUGCCGGAUAUUGGUUGAGCUUCCAAACGAUCCCGAAGCUCUCUCACAAAUUUUGAUUGAAGAAGAAGAAACGAGAGAUUUGAUGGAAAAACACGGACAAUUGUUGAGAAAGGGUUUAAACGUCUCUCACAUCCCAACAGCGCACGAGCUUUUAUCAAGAAGUCUUCCACCACCGACACUCACAAGUGAUCUCCGUUUCUUGAGAGAAUUCAUUUCGGGUUCACCGGCAACUGUCGCUGGAUUGUUGGCUAGAUGGCUUCCAUUAGGUCCAAUCGUCGAUCUCUCUGGCUGUCAAUUGGUGAUGGGAGAUGAACAAUUGAGUGUUGGAUCGAGGAAUACGAUCAAAUUCGUCGUGCGUGACCAAUUGGCCCGAGUGGCGCAGUGCAGUGAGUUGAGCGUUGAGGUGACCGUGCAAAUGGGUGGCGCGAAUGACUCGACGAGGGGUGAAUCGAUUCGAACGCUCGACAAUUUGCCCACCCUACAAAUGAUGGUACAAAAUCCCUUUCAACCAGUCUACUUGAAUAAAGCGAGAUAUAUGUCGAUCUGUAUGAUGCCCGUCUAUUCAAAUUACAGUAAUGAAGAGUUACGUCUUGGUUUCUUUCGAGACGCCAUUGCAAAGGAAACCAUUGUGAUGACACAAAAGAAUGCGUUCAGUUUCUGCGGUGAAUGGAUUCCAAGACAACAAGGAACAUAUCGAGUCGAAUGUCGAGUUGAUGGAUUUCAAGUGCCACAAUGCUACACGGUUGAGGUGGUCGAAAAUGGCGAGCUUUCAGAAGGAAAACGGGGAAAACAUCGCGUAGCACAAUUGAGCAGAGCUCAACUCGCCUCAAUCCAAGCGACAGCUCCAUUCCAAGCGGUGCGCAUUCGAAAUUCCCCUUCGCUUAGCGCGCAAGUGAUCGGAUUUCUGCCAAGAGGAGCAAGUCUCUCCUUUAUUGAAGAAGUCGAGAAUGGAGAUGGGAAAUGGUUGAGAUUAACGGAAGAGACGAGCGCCUUGCACGCAGAAACACAUUUCCCGGCACAGGCUUGGUGUCUCCAAUUUCACAAAGCUCUCGACCGAGAGCUGAUCAAAUUGGAGAAUUCAGCAGCCCGCUCACCACGAGAAGAAUUCUCUCGUGGCGAAAGUGUUGAGAUGCAAAAAUCGAUGGAGAGAGCCGGGGAACAGAGUGUGCUCAUCGAGACACAAGAGAUGUACGUUUUGGAGGACGGCGAUCGAGUGGAUCUCUAUCAAAAACCGGCAUUAGACUCGGCGAUUGAUGGAGAAUUUUUAGAAGGUAGAAGAGAGCUGCUCACCGAUGGAUGGAUUCACAAUGGACAGGGUGUGUGGAUUCGUUUAGCGCACACGAAGCGCUUCAUUUUGGCUGAGGAUCAUAUCGGCGGUCGAUCCUCAGUGCAUUCACAAGUGCAAAGCUCAAAUGGAAACGAUGAUGAAGAGACGAAAGAAUGUCGACCAUUACAGACAAGAUCCUCAGCCUCUUCGGUGAAAGCUCUGCGGCCUUCAGUUGUCGAUUGUUGUCGAACGGUUUUCGCCGCUUUCCUCUGGCAUGAGCAUUUGGUGAAAGAUGCGAUGGCCGCCGCGGCUUAUCUCAAAUUUCAUACACAUCUGCACAAUCUCUGGCCUUGUUCUCAAUCCGUUCCAAUUUCCAUGGCUCCAACACCAUUGCAACCGCUAGUGAAACUAUGGAAAGAGGUUUGCACAUCAAUUCAAAACAGUAUCCAUCAACAUCUGAUCCUUCCAUCUCCUCCAGCAUUGAGACAUUCAAAGGGUGCUUCUUCGCAAUUCGAUACUCUUCAAUCAGAGCCGGGCAUUCUUUGUGAGCUGUGCGAGGAAAGAUCUCGAGCACAGAUCACUGUUCACAUGCGAAUGUCGCAUCCGGGUUGUGGGAGUGCUUGUCAGGGACAUGGCUUCAACUCCAAUGGAAAAUACACAUCUGGUUGGGCGGGUUUGUGUGGAGAUGGGGGACGAUCGAAUACAACUUGGUAUUUAAUGUGUCCUCCGUGCCGUGCUCGUUACCUCAAACAAACGCCUACUGGACAUCAACAGGAAAGAAGUCGACGCUGGCGUGAGUUUCGUCUCUCUUCCGCGCAAAUCGAUUGUCGACCCGAGACUGUCAUCAAACAAAAUGCUCUUUUUUUGCUCGAGUUGAAUGCGAGUGUCGAGGGAGCUGAUGGGAGUAAAAGCAGCUCGGCGACAAACUCAGGCUGGACAACGGUUUUCCCGGGACAACUCACCACAAUCACCCCGUCCGUGCAUCGAUCCGUCAAUUUCGGUGUCAGCAAGCAUACGCUAACCACAACAUCACACCAAAUAAGAAGAGAUUCCGAUACAGUACAACCAAACACUGUCGCUCAUUCAUCAGAUCCAGGACCAAAGGUGAACACAUCAAGUCGAGCGGAGAGUUCGAUGGAAGAACGAGUACAGAUAAAUGCUGAGGUUCUCCAAAGUCCAUCGGCUGCUUUGGUGUCUCUUGUUUCCCUCUCUUCUGCUUGUCAAUCGCCCGGUCAAUCGGUGAUGAUGAGAAGGCCCGUGAUGGCUUUUGUCAUUGAGCAUCAUGACUUAAAAAGAGUUCGCGAAUCGUCAAUCGUUGCCGUGAGAAGAGCUGUCGGCUUUUCGCACGCAUUCCGAGUGUGGAACUGGUUGCUGAGAUUGGUUUCUUCGGAAACAAGUGUCUCGGAUAUCGUUCUUCAAUAUCUUUCUUCUCUUUCUUCAUAUUCUCCCCUUGUCGAUCCAUCGCAAUCAUCAAAAGCGCCUGUCAAAUUGCUCGCCCAUCCGUGGAGACUCUGCUUUUUGGCUGGUCCAAUAGCCGUAAAAAUGGUGCAACAGUUGCAUUCAUUUCUCUACACAAUCGCUGUGAUACUUCAAUCGAGUGGAGUCGAUCCGGGAUUACGAAGUCUUUGCUUCCAAGCGUGGACAAUUCAGUUGACCGCUCAUGAACAGGAUCUCCUUUCAUUGACUUGUUCAAUUCUUGCCUCAGUUGGAAGGGUUCUCUCGGAUCCAUCAAAUGAUCGAAUCUGGGUUGAUAGCCAGAGUCAAGCCGGAUCGGAGCAACAAAAUUCGAUCACACAAAGAGUGACAAGCAACGCUGAGAAUAACGCUGAAGUGAAGCAAAUGGAAGAUAUAACACAACAUUGUCGUAUCGAGGCCUCAUCCCGACAAGCGAUGGUCGUUUGUUUGACUGAUGCCAGUAUGGAAACAUUUUGGGAAAGCGGAGAAGAGGACAAAUCCCGUUCUCGUCUUUUAUCGAUCAAUUGUGAAUCGGAGGUGAUGAGCCCGGUUUUGUUGGCGAUUUUCUUCGACAAUGUUCGAGAUGAGCAAUUCAGAACAUCAUUUGUUCAAAUCCGAGCUCUACUUACAGACGGAUCAAAGAGAAAUCUUCAUUCACAAGCAUUGGAUGCGCAAUUCGUUGGCUGGAUGAAAGCUUGCAUCACGGGAGCGGCUCAAGUCCAAAUCGUUCUUCGCGGUCCCUUCAAUGCGCAACGAGUGCGACAGCUAUCAAUCUCCGGCUUCUACUCAUCUCCAUCUCUAUCCCCGAAGAAAUCCCUUCUCCGUCCAUCGCAAUCCCAUCAGUUACUCUUCUCAACCACACAAUCCGAUGCUUUUUCACUGUUUCAAGCGCUUUCCGCACAGGCGUUCUCCGAUGAAAUGGCCGAAGAACAACAUGGCACUCUUCGGCAACGAGUCAUCGAUCUUUUGUUUAGCCGAGUCCAACUGCAGCCUCUUCAAACACAUGUUUGCACACAAAUUGCUAACGCACUUGAUCGAGAAGUGAUUUUCUUACGUGAUCGCUCGAAGAAAAACUACUCGUACGCGUGCGGUUUAAUGCAUAUUUUGACGAGGAUUUGCGCGUCGAGAAGAGGCACUGAGGUUUUCUCGGCAAGAAACUAUCUGUUGAUCACGCUAUCCGAGUUGCUUCUCUUCUCACCUCAGGUUGUGCAAUGUCAAGUGAUCGAAACAAUCGAAAAACUCUUAGGCGUUUUCUCACCGGCACAGGUGGAAAGCGGACGCUUUGUUGGUAAUCUGCUCGUUUGUGUGGCGAAAGUGAUUUGCCUUCAAGUGAGAGACAAAUCGGCGCACACUGUCAACACGGCCACACUUGUGAGUUCGGUCACCGAACCGCCAAGUCAUUGGAAAGUGGAAAAAGUGAUGAGCGCGGAAAUGGGAAGAUUGAUUCAUCGAUUCAUUCUGAAUGCUUGCCAGGGAGAUUUCUCGGAAGAAUGGGCGGCCGCAUUUCGGCGAGAAUGCGCGGCGGCGGUGGUGGGAGUGCUGAGAAUGGGAGCACACGAUUUUGGAUCGAUCACCUCGUCGGCUGGUGUCCGUUCAUCAGCUUCCCUUUCCUCACUUUGUCCGGUUAUUUCAUCGCGUCGCUUUUGGUUGGCCGUCUCAGCGUUGAGUGUUGUCAAAGAGAAACAAUGGAUGGAAUUAGCGGAUGGAUGGACGAGUGUACAGGGUACUCGAACUCAUGAGCCAGAGCCUUUGUGUGAGAACCAUGAUGAUGGAAGAACUCUGGCACAGGUUUUUUGUGAAGUGUGUCGGUGUGCUCUUUGUCGAGAUUGUUUCUCAAUUCUUCAUCUCAAUAAACGAAAUCGAAAUCAUGAGGUUCGUCUACUUGGCUCAUCAACAACCACACCGCAAGUCGAGAUUCAUGAAGGAUGCUCAAGGUUGAGAUUAUCAAAUAUGCUGGUUCUCUUCCACGGCUCCACUCUAAAUGGCCUCGUUGAAGUGAGUGCCGGUGAUCCGCUAUUCCCAUCAUCUUCUUUCCAUUCUCGUCCACUUCAUUCAUCGAAUCUUCCACUCAUCCCAUCGACAUCACAUCAAAAAUGUCGUUUCUGCGAGAAUCAAUUGAUUGGUGAUCGACAGAGCUAUGAGGGAAUCUGCGCUCACAACGAGUGCAUCGAGUUGGGGAAAAUCGCUUGUAGAAAGACGUUAACGUGUGAGCAUCGAUGUGGUGGAAUUAUCGAUGAAUUGUCGUGUCUCGAGUGUUUGCAAUGUCCACGAAAAGGCGCUUCUCAAGAUGGAGAUGAUGUCUGUGUAAUCUGUUUCACUGAUCGACUUGGUGCUGCUCCUUGUAUCAAACUGACGUGCGGUCACAUUUUUCACUAUUUAUGCGUGCGGACAGUGUUGGAGAAACGAUGGAAUGGGCCGAGGAUACUCUUUCGUUUCAUGAAUUGCCCGCUAUGCAAUAUUGAGAUCGAUCAUCCCGGCGUAAAAGAUCUUCUCGAUUCGUUGAAUUUUCUGAAAAAUGAUGUCAUUCAAAAAGCAAAACUCCGUUUGGAAUACGAUGGACUUCUCGGGUGUCCAGCAUUGGUCAAUGAAAACAGUGAAUUCUUCGGUCAACCCGAAUCGUAUGCGAUGGAGAGAUACGUCUAUGUGCAAUGUCACAAAUGUGGGAAAGCCUAUUUCGGAGGAGAAAGUCGUUGUCAAUUGCCUCUCGAUUCUUCACAGUACAAUCCAUCCGAAUUGAUCUGUGGUGGGUGUUCGGAUGUCUCCGGAGCACAGAUUUGUGGCCGUCACGGAGUCGAGUAUUUGGAGUAUAAAUGUCGCUUUUGCUGCUCGAUUGCUGUUUACUUUUGCUUCGGAACGACGCAUUUCUGUGCACCGUGUCACGAUGAUUUUCAGCGAUUAGUCUCCCUUCCAAAGCACAUGUUGCCAAAAUGCCCGGCAGCUCCACGAGCCGCUCAAAUGGACGAAGGCCCUUGUCCAUUGAGGAUCGACCAUCCACCAACGGGGGAAGAGUUCGCGCUUGGGUGCGGGAUUUGUCGAAAUUUGAGCACUUUU